UGUUUACGGUGUACGUGUCAGUUUGUCAAUGGCCUACACCAUUCCUACGCUUCGUCUCUUCAACCCCUCCGGUUCGUACCUCGCCUUCUCAAGAACGAAGUUUAGUGUCACUUUACACGCGGCCUCUUUCUCAAACAAGACGAGUCAGCUCAAUCGUAAUUCAAUGAGUCAACCCGCCGCCACCGAUUCCACCAAUCUCUCCACACCAACUGAUUCGCCGGAAAACGUCGAUGUUGUGGUCCAAUACGUGGUGCUCCGGCGUGAUCUAAUCGAUACUUGGCCAUUAGGCAGUGUGGUUACUCAAGGUUGCCACGCUUCUGUUUCCGCGGUUUGGUUCAACAAGGACGAUCCUGUUACCAUUGAUUAUUGUAGCCCCGAGAAAAUUGAUUCUAUGCGCAAAGUCACACUUGAAGUGAAGGGAGAACUCCAGAUCAAAAACUUGUCUGAGAAGCUGACAUCUGGUGGGAUCAUUCAUAAACUGUGGAUUGAGCAACCUGAAAACAUACCUACUUGCCUUGCUACAAAACCUUACCCUAAGUCAAUUGUAUCUUCGUAUUUUAAGAAGUUGAAACUCUGCAAGUGAUCUCAUAUUUGAUAUAAACUUUUUUUUCCUUUCUAAACUAUGGUUGUUUCAGAUUUCUUAUUCUUUCCCUUUACUUCUAAAAUUCACAAAAGCUUCAAAUUCAGCAUCUUAUGGGUGAGGAGGGUGGACUUGAACAAUCUAAACCUGAUUUUUAUACUGACUGACCCUCUGCCUUUUGUGGGUCCUCUUUCAAUUGGUAUUUCUGGUACACUGUAUGAAGUAUAACAGGAAGUUGCAGAUUAUUUAAUUCCUUUUUGAGGCUCAUGAUGUUUUUGUUUUGUUGAAGAAAUCUUAGCAUCUAUCGUACGUUGAGGUUCCAGCCUUGCUGUAUUUGGACAACUCAAUUGUUGUUUUAUACGUUUGUAUAUAGUUAUUUGAUUUCUUAGAAGAAAAAGCAGCCCAGUUUGCAUCCUAGUUUUAGAAUCCACUGUAUUUACCAGAUUAAUAAAGUAUAUAACUAUGUGAAUUAAUGAGUAUUUCCUUGUGUA